UGAAUGAAUAUAAUUAAACAUUUGAACACGACUAAUUUUUGAAGCAGGUAAAUGGUAAUCUUAUAUAAUACUGACUACUAACAUCUCAACUGAACUCUGAUAGAAUAACUUAAAAGAUACCCCGUCUCCUUCACAGCCUUGAAAGAUGGUGCUGGGGAAAUUGACGAAGAGAAUAAAAAAGCUCUCAUUGAACUCCCGUGCAUCUGGAACAGAUUCUGACUUUACAGAUGACGAAGAUUUGGGAAGUAUAUCCGGCACUGAAUCAACUUGCAGUAGUGAGACUGAUUCAAAUAAAAUUCCUAAAGAUCCCCGGGAUAGAAUAGUUGAAAAACCAAAAGAAAGUGAGAGUCACUACCGAGUGCUUACCCUUAAAAACGGAAUGCAGUGUCUGCUGAUCUCAGAUGCUGAGGAAGCAAAGAGCGAAAGUGCUGCGUACAGGGCUCUGGAGGUAUCUACCACUGAUAAGGCUGCGGUCUGUUUGACAGUUCGGGUUGGGAGUGCUCAGGAGCCUCACAAUCUCCCUGGGUUGGCACAUUUCCUGGAGCACAUGUUGUUUAUGGGGUGUAAGAAGUACCCAGAUGAGAACGAGUAUGAUGAGUACCUUGAUAAACAUGGUGGCAGUAGUAAUGCCAGCACUGAUAUGGAGAGGACAAGUUAUCUGUUUGACGUUUCUGCGGAGUACCUGGAAGGAGCAAUAGACAGAUUUGCUCACCAAUUCGUCGCUCCUCUCUUAAGGAAAUCCUCUGUAAAACGAGAGGUACAAGCAGUGGACAGUGAGUAUAUGGAGAGGUUGCAAAGUGACACGGAGAAGAUACUAGCUAUCUCUCAGUCAAUGAUACAACCAAAUCACCCCUACCAUGGCUUUACACACGGCAACAGAGGAACUCUAAUAGUGAACCCUAAGAGACAGAAUAUUGACAUGCUUUCAGAGCUGAGGAGGUUCUACGAAGAUUACUAUUCUGCUAAUGUUAUGUGUUUGUGUUAUGAAGAGAACGAAAUAGAGAUGAGAGACAGAGGAUUAAGAAGGAGAGUAGAUGACGAGAGAGACGUUCACAUUAGAGAGAAACUAGAGAAAAUGGCCCAAGUAUUUGAGCAGAUUCCCAACAAGAAGAUUCCUAUUCCCACCCUUGAGAAACUACCUAUUCCUCUGGCAAGAUGCAACUUUAUCAAGUAUUGUCCUGUUAAAGAUAAGAAGAAGCUUAUAAUGUCAUGGUUUUUGACACCUCAAACCCAACAUUUCCGCUCAAAACCAUUGGAGUAUGUGGAGUUCUUACUCGGACACCAGGGCACGGGAUCUCUCAUAUCCGCUCUCAAACACAAGGGUUACGCUACGGAUAUCCUGUGUGAGAGUGCAUUAGGAGGGUUUGAUAGCGGGACCAACUUCACCAGGUUUAUUCUGGAGAUAACACUAUCAGAAACCGGUCUGGAGAGCUUCAGAGCUGUUAUUAAACUGGUUUUCCAGUACAUUCAAAUGUUGAGAAAACAGCUACCUUGUGAGAGUUCGGUUCACACACCAAACUGCUCACAUCACACUGAUACUACUUGUACAUGUUACAGUAACGGUCCCUACUCUUCGUGUUUAACCCACUGGAUGAAGAUUACCAGCACAAUACGUCGUAGUAGAGCCGCUGAGAUAUUCAACGAGAUGAAAACAAUGAUGGACAUUGAUUUUGACAACAUGGAGGCAGAAGACCCCUACAGCAAAGUGGAGGAUCUAGCAGAGAACAUGGCCAUAUAUCCACCCGAGCACUACCUAAACGGACCAGAACAAGUGUUCGAAUAUAAACCUGACCUAAUAAUGGACCUGGUCAACUCUCUAACUCCGGACAGGAUGUUCGUCGUCCUCCAGAGCAGAACAUUCCAAGACGUUUGUAGAACAACAGAGAAGUGGUUCAAGGGAGUGUACUGUGAAGGUAACUUUGAGCCUGACUUUAUCGACAUGCUCAAAACAGUUUCACCCAAAAUACUACCUCUCUUCAAGUCAGAGUUUAAACUUCCUGAGCCGAACAAGUACAUACCUGAGGACUUUGAGAUGAAAGAUGUGGACGUGGAAGGCUCUGUGCCGUUUCCUGUUGUAAUAACAGACGAACCGAGUCAUAAAGUGUGGUUCCAUAACGAUGAGGUAUUUGAGGACCCCGAGUGUAUGAUCUACCUUCAUCUCUUCAGUAAAAGAGUUUGUGAGAACGUCAGAACGUACGCUCUCAACUGCCUCUACGUGGAAUUGUACUGUAACAGAGUGGCUGAACUCUUCUUCUCUGCUGGCCUGGCUGGCCUUUCAUCAACUGUAGAAGUGGAGCGAGAAGGGUUCAGGCUCUGUUACGAUGGUUACAGCGACAAAAUGUUCAAGUACUUCAAAUCAACUCUAGAAGAGUUCUUCAAUGCUUCAGAGAACAGUUUCAACUUUACCGCUGUUAAGGACUCAAUCGUAAAGAAGCUACGAAUGAACAAGCUGAAACCCAAGAAGUGUGCUGAAGACAUACGUCACACCUUCCUCAGAAAGACUCACAUCACUUGCGAGGAGAUGGCUGAUGCUAUGGAUCAAAUAACUGCGGAGGACAUCAAGCACCACGAGAUAGGAAGUAUGGGAGGUUUCUACCUGGAAGUGUUCUGCAGUGGCAAUAUGACGUCACAGGAAGUUGAGGACUACAUAAAGUGUUUUAGUAAGAAACUCGGACUUACCAAGGAUGUUAUGAAGGAGGACCAGUUCAGACAGGAGAGAGUUUACAAGUUCCCGUUAGGAAGACACGUGCACAGGAUAAAGAACAACAAUCCAGAGGAUGUUAACACAGUUGUAGUUAACUACUAUCAGCACGAUGUUGUGUCCUUCAGGGACGGUGUUAUUCUUGCAGUUUUGGAGGGCCUUAUGACUGAACCCUUCUUCAAUCAGCUGCGAACAAGAUUGCAGAUGGGGUACAGUGUGGAGCUGGAAAAUCAUCUGACUUUUGGAAUGACAGGAUUCUCUCUAGCGGUCCACACACAAGCGAACAAGUUUAGCGCUAAAGAAGCUAACAUCUACCUGGAGACCUUCCUAUCUUGGUUCACUCAAUACUUGAAUGCGAUGGAUGAGAAGAGUUUUGAGGACAGAAUUUCGGAGAUGAUAAAAGAUAAAGUCAGCCCCACCCUUGCAAUGGAUGAUGAGAUAAAUCUCAUGUGGGCUGAAAUCCUCAUACAGGAAUACAUUUUUGACAGAGACCAGAGGGUGGCGGAGGUAAUGAAGAAGUUGACGAAAGGUGAGAUGAUCAGCUUCUGCUACAAUCUUUUCUUUAGAAACGUCAGAAAACUUAGUGUUCAGGUUGAAGGUAACCCUAAGGGCACCUCCUCUACAUCGGAUGAGAACAAGGAUGGAGAUGAGAGUGAUGACGAGUCCAGUGCUAGUGAGACCUCUGCACCCAAAACAGACAGCAGUGUUCCUAACAUGACGCUCCUUUCCAAGAGCGCUAUUGCUGAGUGGGGAGAAGAACUGAAAACCGUCGAGUCUGCUGAGGAAUUUCACAAAGAAUGUAAACUCUCGCCCGUGUACAAAAUGGUGACCAAAGUUGUGACUGUAGAUGUGACUAACAAAGUUAAAUAACCCAUAAACACUCCAUAGUCUUCAAUAUAAACACUCCAUAGUCUUCAAUAUGAACACUUCAUGUCUUCAUAGUCAUCAAUUUUCUGUUUUAUUGUAUAUUUGAAUUAAAUUGACCCUUAAUGUUAAAUUGACCCUGUAACCAAGAUUUAAUUUGAUCGAACGCAGAAAUUAGAUCGAACGCAGGAAUUAGAUCAAACGCCGGCGCGGCUUUCAAUGUAUUUAUAUAUACAUAUAUCUCGCGCCGGCGUUUGAUCUAAUUCCUGCGUUCGAUCUAAUUUCUGCGUCCGAUCUAAUUACAUCUUGGUUACAGUUAGUUUAUGACUAGCCGUGGUAAGGUUUUGAAGUAAACUUCAGACCAAUUUAGAAAAUCUAAAUAUAUUUGCUUGGAACACGCUGAUAAUGAAUUAUGUUGCCAAAUUAAUCGGGGGUAACAACCAAUUAUUUGUGCAAGAAUUUCUCUCUUGAAUAUAUCAGGCCUGGUAAUAAUUUGGUCCGAAAUGUUUUGGCUUCCCACGGAGCCGCGGAUCGUCUCUAUCGUAACGUUGAAACUAUAAGCAGAUUUACACCAUUAUUGUUUACCAAAGCUCGAUAUUGUUUCUAAUUAAAUGAUUUAUUACAAUGACGUGUUUUCUUAGGACUUUUCUCGGGGAAUUUAUAGAGAUCAGAUUUUGUUAAGUUAUUUUAUUUGAAUUGAUAUUAUUUGCUAUUUGAGGGAUGUUAUUUUAUUAAACUGUCGAUUUCUUGGUUUUAGAUAAGACUUUUUAAGAAAUGUUGAUAAUGUGUUCAAAUGAU